UGUGCGCGAGCAGGGAAGCAGCAGAAGUUUCUGUCUCCAUUCUCCGGACUUCCAGAUGAAACGGCGACGGGCGCGGGACCGGAUCCGCCUUAAGCGGCGCGUGCAUUAGCGUUGCCUGUACACGCUACUAGUUACCGGUUACUAAGAGAGCAUGACUAACUAGUUGUGGGUGAAAAUUAUGGGAUGCAUCGCCAUGGCAACAGACCAGACGUCACAAUCUGGGCAUGUGUGUUCCAUUUUUGUCUUUCUUAUUUUUCAGACUGGAAGACCUGGAUAGAGAUCAGUGGAAAUUAAUAUAUAUAUAUAUUUUUUAAUUAAAUGUUUUUUACUCGUGGAGGAAAAAAUCCCCAGAUUUACUGCAAAAAAAAAAAGAAAUAAAAUGUGAGUUUUUUUUCUUUCUUUUUUUUCUUCUUUUUUUGGAAUAGCCUACAUUUGUUUUUGGGUGAAGAAAGAGACUGGGCUGCGGCGUCUGGAGGGUUAACUUUCAGGAUUCUCAGCCUAAAAGGGGUUCGGGGGGCUAUGAGAUAAAGAUGCCGGGGUCGCUGAGCAAUGAAGACGAGGGACAAGACGACAUGGAUUUUGAAGACGAUAUGCCAGAUGAGGAUGACGAUGGGGAGCGCAACGCUGUUCCCCUCACGCCCCUCGGCAGCUUCUUCUCUGACAACGACUCGCUCAAACAACAAAAGAAGAAGAAGCCCAAAAAGAUGAAAGAGGGGAAGAUGCCCAAAGUUAAGAAGAGGAAAAAGGAGGGAGGAAUCCAGCCCCGGGUUGACAGCGACCUGGAGGAGACCUCCGAGGUGGAGGAGGAACGGGAACGUCCGGAAGUCGGCUCUGAGAGCGAGAACAGCACGUUCGGCCCGACCAAAAAGAAGAAGAAGAAACCAAAAGAGAAGAAAGAGAAGAAGCCCAGGAAGAAGAAGAGAGAGGAGGAAGAUGACGACGAUGACAAUGAUGAUGGGAACCUGAAAGAACCCAAAUCCUCCGGCCAGCUGAUGCAAGAGUGGGGUCUGGAAGACGUUCAGUACGGCUUCACCGAGGACGACUACAAAACCAUCACUAACUACAAGGCUUUCAGCCAGUUCCUCAGGCCUCUCAUCGCCAAGAAGAACCCGAAGAUUCCCAUGUCGAAGAUGAUGACAGUGUUGGGGGCCAAGUGGCGAGAGUUCAGCGCCAACAACCCCUUCAAAGGCGCAUCUGCCACCGCUGUCGCCGCCGCUGUGGCUGCCGCCGUGGAAACGGUCACCGUGGCUCAGCCAACGACCGUCGGCAGUGGCCAUCCGAGUCCUCCGCUGGGGCCAAUCAAAAAAGCCAAAACCAAAGAAGGAAAGGGACCAGGAGUCAGAAAGAGAAGCAAGUCUGUGAAGGAGGUCAAGAAGAAACCCAAGCCGAAGAAGACCAAAUCAAAGUCGGGCCAAAGUGGGAAGAAGAAGAAAGCAUCCUCGAGUGAGGAGGACUUCCUGGAGGAGUCCGACUUUGAUGACAUCAGCAUCCACAGUGCCUCGGUGCUUUCUGACACCUCGGGGGCCGCCACCAAGAAAAAGGCUCGACGUGGGCGGAAAAAACGGAAAAAAGAAGACGGGGACGGUUAUGAGACGGACCACCAGGACUACUGCGAGGUUUGCCAGCAGGGGGGAGAGAUCAUCCUGUGUGACACCUGUCCCCGAGCGUACCACCUGGUCUGUCUGGACCCGGAGCUGGAGAAGGCUCCCGAGGGCAAAUGGAGCUGCCCACACUGUGAGAAAGAGGGCAUCCAGUGGGAGGCCAAAGACGAUGAGGAGGAGGAGGAGGAGGAGCCGGCAUGCGAGGAAGAGGAUGACCACAUGGAGUUUUGCCGAGUGUGUAAAGAUGGAGGAGAGCUGCUGUGUUGUGACACCUGCCCAUCUUCCUACCACAUCCACUGCCUGAACCCCCCUCUCCCCGAGAUCCCCAACGGGGAGUGGUUGUGUCCACGCUGCAUGUGCCCUCCCCUCAAAGGUAAGGUCCAAAAGAUUCUGCACUGGACAUGGGGGGAACCCCCGUUGCCAGCUGAGCCGCCUGCCGGCCCUGACGGCAAGCCAACCGAUCCGCUGACCCAGCCUCCGCUCAAGGGCCACCCAGAGAGGGAGUUCUUCGUCAAGUGGGCCGGCCUGUCGUACUGGCACUGCUCCUGGGUCAGCGAGCUGCAGUUGGAGCUGUACCACACGGUCAUGUAUCGGAACUACCAGCGUAAGAACGACAUGGACGAACCCCCGCCGUACGACUACGGCUCCGGGGAGGAGGAGCUCAACAGCGAGAAGAGGAAGAGCAAAGACCCCCACUACGCCGGGAUGGAGGAGCGCUUCUACCGCUAUGGCAUUAAACCAGAGUGGAUGGUCAUCCACCGGAUAGUGAACCACAGUUAUGAUACGGAUGGGGAUGUGCAUUACCUGAUGAAGUGGAGAGACCUGCCCUACGACCAGUGCACCUGGGAAGUGGAUGAUUUUGACGUCCCAGAAUACGACGGCCAUAAAGCUUCUUACUGGGACCACAGGGAGCAAAUACUAGGGGAGGACCAACGCCCCCUGGUGGUGAGGAAAGGAAAGAAACUCAAAGAGGACCAUCCAAAGAGAGAGGUCCCUCCUGAUGCUCCCAUCAUAGAUCCGACCAUCAAGUUUGAGCACCAGCCGUGGUACAUCAACGCCACGGGGGGGACGCUGCACCCGUACCAGCUGGAAGGCCUGAACUGGUUGAGGUUCUCCUGGGCACAGGGUACAGACACCAUCCUGGCCGAUGAGAUGGGCCUGGGGAAGACGGUGCAGACCAUCGUGUUUCUCUACUCCCUCUAUAAGGAGGGCCACUCUAAGGGGCCCUUCUUGGUGAGUGCGCCCCUCUCCACUAUCAUCAACUGGGAGAGGGAAUUUGAGAUGUGGGCUCCAGAUUUCUACGUGCUGACUUACACGGGAGACAAAGACAGCCGGGCAGUCAUCAGGGAGAACGAGUUCACCUUCGAAGACAGUGCAGUGAAAACAGGACGCAAGGUGUUUCGCAUGAAGAAAGACACUCCUAUCAAGUUCCACGUGCUGCUGACAUCCUACGAGCUGAUCACCAUAGAUCAAGCCAUUCUGGGCUCCAUCACGUGGGCCUGCUUGGUGGUGGACGAGGCCCAUAGACUGAAGAACAACCAAUCAAAGUUUUUCAGAAUUCUCAACGGGUAUAAGAUCUACUACAAGCUGUUGCUCACUGGGACUCCUCUUCAGAACAACUUGGAAGAGCUGUUCCACCUGCUUAACUUCCUCACCCCAGAGCGCUUCAAUAACCUGGAAGGCUUCCUGGAAGAGUUUGCUGAUAUUUCUAAAGAGGACCAGAUCAAAAAGCUCCACGACCUGCUCGGCCCUCAUAUGCUCAGGAGGCUGAAGGCCGAUGUCUUCAAGAACAUGCCCGCAAAGACAGAGCUGAUUGUCAGAGUGGAGCUCAGCCCUAUGCAGAAGAAAUAUUACAAGUUUAUUUUGACGCGGAAUUUCGAGGCUUUGAACUCCAAAGGUGGAGGGAACCAAGUGUCCCUGCUCAACAUCAUGAUGGACCUGAAGAAGUGCUGCAACCAUCCCUACCUGUUCCCCGUGGCUGCUGUGGAAGCUCCUGUAUUACCCAACGGCUCGUAUGACGGUAACCUACUGGUGAAAUCCUCAGGAAAACUGACGCUGCUUCAGAAAAUGCUGAAGAAACUCAAAGAUGAAGGACACAGAGUUCUCAUUUUCUCUCAGAUGACAAAGAUGUUGGAUCUGCUUGAAGAUUUUUUGGAGUUCGAGGGUUAUAAGUAUGAACGUAUCGAUGGAGGAAUUACUGGAGGCCUGAGGCAGGAGGCCAUUGACCGCUUCAAUGCGCCGGGCGCUCAGCAGUUUUGCUUCUUGCUUUCAACACGAGCUGGAGGUCUUGGCAUCAACCUUGCGAGUGCAGACACCGUCAUAAUCUACGACUCUGACUGGAAUCCUCACAAUGACAUCCAAGCUUUUAGCAGAGCCCAUCGUAUAGGCCAGAAUAGAAAGGUGAUGAUCUACCGUUUUGUGACGCGAGGCUCAGUGGAGGAGCGAAUCACUCAGGUGGCAAAGAGGAAGAUGAUGCUGACCCACCUGGUGGUGCGGCCCGGGCUGGGCUCCAAAACUGGCUCCAUGUCCAAACAAGAACUGGACGAUAUCCUCAAGUUUGGCACCGAGGAGCUUUUUAAAGAUGAAAUGGAAGCAGCACGAGCCAUGGGUGACAACAAAGAAGGCGAGGAGGGCAACGUGAUUCACUAUGAUGACGACGCUAUCUCGAAGCUGUUGGACCGCAGCCAGGACGCCACUGAAGACACAGAGAUUCAGAACAUGAACGAGUACCUGAGCUCCUUCAAGGUGGCCCAGUAUGUGGUGAAAGAAGAGGAUGGAGAGGAGGAGGUGGAGCGGGAGAUCAUCAAGCAGGAGGAGAACGUGGAUCCAGACUACUGGGAAAAGCUCCUCCGCCACCACUACGAGCAGCAGCAGGAGGAUCUGGCCCGCAACCUCGGCAAAGGCAAACGCAUCCGAAAGCAGGUCAACUACAACGAUACGACCCAGGAGGACCAAGAGUGGCAGGAUGAUCUUUCAGACAAUCAGUCGGAGUACUCUGUGGGGUCCGAGGAUGAGGACGAAGAUUUCGAGGAGAGGCCUGAAGGUGGACGCAGACAGUCUCGUCGGCAGAUGAAGAAUGAGAAGGACAAACCUCUGCCCCCCUUACUGGCCCGAGUUGGGGGCAGUAUUGAGGUUCUGGGGUUCAACGCUCGGCAGAGGAAAGCCUUCCUCAACGCCAUCAUGCGCUGGGGCAUGCCCCCUCAGGAUGCUUUCAACUCCCAUUGGCUGGUUCGAGACCUGAGGGGGAAGAGUGAGCGUGAGUUCAGGGCCUAUGUGUCUCUGUUCAUGAGACAUCUAUGUGAGCCAGGGGCGGACGGAGCAGAGACCUUUGCUGAUGGGGUCCCACGGGAGGGACUGUCUCGUCAGCAUGUUCUCACCAGGAUCGGAGUCAUGUCCCUUGUCAGGAAAAAGGUGCAAGAGUUUGAGCAUGUAAAUGGAAAGCUGAGUUCUCCGGAUCUGAUUCCCAUCGGCAUGGAGCUAAAGAAACUGACUGAGAGUUUGUCUUCUGAUCCCAACACCCCCGUGCCAGCCAGCCCUGUUGCUACGCAGCCUGGCACUCCCGUCCCCCCAGAGAAGAAUGAAUCUCUCUUGGGUACCGCUGAAGACAAGGAGACCACAGAGCAAGAUAGCAAGAGGCUGUCAGAGCAGGAAUCUUCCAGUGCAGAGCCAGCAUCUGUACCUGAGAAGGCGGCUGACAGCGAGGAGAGCAAGGCCAGCUCAGAGGAGAAAACCGGAGAUGAGAGGGACAGAACCGAGUCCCCCUCAAAAACAGAGCCAUCUGCGAACCCAAAAGAGCCUGCUCUGAAGCUGUCAGAGCUAUCAUCCACUCAAACCUCACCUAAAAUGGAGACCUGCAAAGAUACAGAAAAGUCCUCAGAAAAAGGAGCUACGGAUUCUCCUCUGGCAAAAACUGAAGACAAGGAAAAUAAGCCAGCUGUUGCAGAUGAUUUGAAGAGUGAAGACGCAUCAGAGGGCCGAUUGAAUGGAGACAAAGACAAUUUGGAUGACAUGGAGGAGAGCAGGAAAGAGGACAAAAAUGGAUACAAAGUCAAGUUCAUGUUUAAUAUCGCUGAUGGAGGUUUCACAGAGUUGCACACCCUCUGGCAAACUGAAGAGCGGGCGGCGCUGUCCUCUGGAAAGAUGCACGACAUCUGGCACCGUCGCCAUGACUACUGGCUUCUAGCUGGCAUCGUUACUCAUGGCUACGCUCGUUGGCAGGACAUUCAGAAUGACCCACGUUACGCUAUUCUGAACGAGCCCUUCAAGACUGAGAUGCAUAAGGGCAACUACCUAGAGAUGAAGAACAAGUUCCUGGCUCGCCGCUUUAAGUUGUUGGAGCAGGCUCUGGUGAUUGAGGAGCAGUUGAGGCGGGCAGCCUACCUGAACAUGACCCAGGACCCGAGUCACCCGGCCAUGGCUCUCAACACUCGCUUCACUGAGGUGGAAUGUCUGGCAGAGUCCCACCAGCACCUGUCCAAAGAGUCCCUGGCCGGGAACAAGCCUGCCAAUGCCGUGCUGCACAAAGUGCUGAACCAGCUGGAGGAACUUCUAAGUGACAUGAAAGCGGAUGUGACGCGGCUGCCCAACAUGCUGUCCAGGAUACCGCCGGUGUCGGCCCGUCUGCAGAUGUCCGAGAGGAGCAUCCUGAGCCGCCUCACCAGCCGAGGGAGCGAGCCUCCACCACAGCAGCCUUUCAGCCAGGGUGGGUUCGGCUGCUCCCAGAUGUACAGCAGCAGCUUCGGUGGAGGAUUCAGAGGACCGGGUGGACAGCCCAUGGUCAACUACAGCCAGAUGCCUCUGGGACCCUACGUCAGCGCUUACAGACCGACGUCCUUAUUCAACUUUGACCUAUCUUACUUACCUUAGUUGCAUACACAAUGGGGGUUUGCAGUCAUUUUGGUGUCCUCGAACGGCCCUCCACCCCCUACAAGCCAUCUGGACAAGAAGUCGCUUGACUCCUUGAGAGACGUGGCCACGCCUGACCUCAAGUCAGGCAAACCUAGUGAUGUCAUCUGUAUUGAGGACUAGGCCAGCUCUGUAAAAGAAGACAA